AUGUCGUCCCUAUACCGUAUCAGCACAGAUGUCAAAAAUAGAAUAAAGAAGUUUCGUACUGCAACCGCAAGAACCGAAACAUUGAAGGCCCUCGUUCUAAAGAUUCAGCCCAAACCUUCGUGCGAAAUCACAAUAGACGAAUCCGAGGACGAACAAGCACUACAAACAGGCUUCGACAGUCUGGAGGAACUGGGCGAGGAACUACCGGAUAAUACUCCCCGGUAUGUGCUUUUAAGCUACCCAAUGACCACGUCCGACGGUCGCAAGCAGACGCCGUUGGUGCUACUAUACUGGAAGCCUGCGACAGUAGUCUCCCAGGAGUGGAAAAUGCUUUACGCUGGAGCCCUUGAGAUGAUGCGAAAUGAAUGCGGUGUGAGUAGAGUGAUAGAAGUCUCAACGGGUCUCGAGGACGACGAAGAUAUUCAGGAGGUAAGAGAACAAAUCGAAUUGUGA